CCUCCCUUUUACCUCUCCUCUUCGGCUCCCCACAGUCCCCCGUUACUUUCAGGUUCCCUCUCUUGUCGCGUGCCAAUCUGAUCCUCUGGAAUGUGAUUUGCGCAUUCUAGCAAUUGCAUUUGACUGUCCUAUUGUUCUCGAUACUCACCUGCUUCGCGAUAUCGGACGCGAUCGAUCAUACUCCCCUCCAUUCUGUGAUUGAAGCGGUAAUCGAAAACGCACAACAUGUCUGUCAAAUUCCAACAAGAGACCAUUCGCACCACUGGUGUCAAAGCAGAGGAUUUGACACCAAAGGACCUGGUGCACAAGGUCGGCGAGCGCCUUACUGGUGGUGACACUCACACUGGCUAUCUUGCUGCCUACCUGAAACAACUCCAAACAAACCCUCUCCGCACAAAGAUGCUCACGUCCGGUGUCCUGUCAGCUCUGCAAGAAUUCAUCGCCUCGUGGCUCGCUCAUGAUGUCAGCAAGCAUGGUCACUACUUCAGCUCCCGCGUGCCGAAGAUGGCUCUCUACGGAAUGUUCAUCAGUGCACCCCUUGGCCACGUUCUCAUCGGAAUUCUGCAAAAGAUUUUUGCGGGCCGGUCGAGUCUAAAGGCCAAGGUCUUGCAGAUCUUGGUUAGCAAUUUGAUUAUUGCGCCCAUCCAAAAUUCCGUAUACCUGGUCUCCAUGGCUAUUAUCGCCGGUGCUCGCACUUUCCACCAAGUCCGUGCCACCGUUCGCGCAGGUUUCAUGCCUGUCAUGAAAGUCAGCUGGGUUACGUCCCCCGUCGCCCUGGCUUUUGCCCAAUACUUCCUCCCCGAACACACCUGGGUUCCAUUCUUCAACAUCGUCGCAUUCGUUAUUGGUACUUAUGUCAACACCCAUACCAAGAAGAAGCGCCUCGAAGCCUUGCGACGACAGUACGACCAGCGACGUGGUGGACCUCCCCCUCCUGGAAGUGAAUACGGUCGCCGCGACUAUUAGGGUGUUGACUUUGUUUCAUUUUCGACCGUAAAUGAUACCAAGGAUGGGGAGAAGAAGGGUGGAAACAAUUGUGGCAUCUUUUGAGGUUACAACUGUUACGUGCUUUUGGAGCGGCGUCAAUUUUCGAUACGUAUAUACAACAUACAAAUACGUUGGCCAGUUUCGUGAUUGAUUUUCGACCAUCAAACUGCGUAUAGGGAAGGUUGAUUAGUAUCUAAAUAUGCCUUUUUUUCCUGUUUGUACGUUUUCUUGUCAUGUAUGUAAUGUUUCCUUUGUAUGGUUUAUGAUAUUCUUUAUGCUCGACUUCGACUUCCUGCCUAAGAUCGAUAAUUCGACGUGUUAUGAUUGUAGAGGAUAUCCAUAUUCAUAAGUUGCAACUUAACUGACGAUCACUCAAUAUUCAUCGCCUCCGCAGGCUUCCCACCACGUUUAUCAUGCUGCACAUAUUCCACAAACUCAUCCAAGGUCCCCGGCCACGCGCCAUCAGCACUCCACCAUCCAAAAUUCUCAUCCUCAAGAGUCUUGCGCAUAAACACCUCCGUCUGUUCCCACAAAUCCUUAUUAACAGGCCGCUGCCCUUUCGUUUUGAGGAACUCAAGGUACCAAUCCAGCCAGGGAGUUGAAGGUGUUGACCAGUCUACGCCGCCGUUUUCGCUUGUGAAGAAGAGUUGCCAUUGUUCCGAGGCGAUUUCGAAUGUGAGAUUGCGCUGGCCUUGCAUGCGACAGAGCGGGAAAGCGUACCGGUAUACUUUGCGGAAUGUGUCUGGUUGAGAGGAUAUUUGGUUUCGGAGAGUGG